GUUGUUUGACGUUUCUUCUCCAACAACAAAAUAAAUUCGUGACCAUUAAAUUUUUAUUGUGAAAAUUCUGCAGAUAAUUUCAGUAAAAAGGGCAGUUAAUAGGAUUUUCUAGAUUAUUCCCCGUUGAAAAAUGCAUUGCGCUGAGGAAUUUGCGCCAAAGAAAUUUCCCAAGACAGAAACUUCUGUCCAGCCUGAUCCUAAUCCUCAACCUGAACACAUUCUACCAGUGGAUGAUCCUUAUUAUGCUCAGAACUACGGAAAUGCAAUGUAUGAGUCACAGUCGGGAACUUGGUCUGGAUAUGGUUGUGUACCGAGCGUGAGGACUGAAUUGCUACCAUACAGGGAAACUGAACCAGGUCCAUCUAAACCUUUGCCUAAAAUCAAAGUGAAACCUAAAAAACGGUCAUCAGGUGAUUCUUCUGGAAAUGGAAGGAAGAAAUCUAAUCCCGAAAUGUGGGCUCAGACACUUCGAAAGAAAUCCCGAGAAGCUGGUGAGGAGUACGUCAAUAGAAAGGGAAAGACCAUUCCAGCAAGAACAGUCAAAGAAACCUGUGGUGAUGGUUGCAAAAGAAUGUGCAAGGUAUUCACUGAAGAGGAAAGAAAUGCAAUUUUUCAGAGAUUCUGGAGUCUUCCAGACGAAGACAAACGUUUUGUCAUCUGGAAAUUUGUAAAGAGAGUCGAGCCCAAGAGGAAAACUGAACCUACCUCGAAGCGUGGCUAUACAUUUCAAUAUUUCUUCGAGAAGAACAAUGUGGUACAUCAAGUUUGUCAGAAAUUCUUCCUCAAUACCCUCAACAUCAGCUGUGCCAGAGUUUACUACUUCUUCGAAAAAGCCCAAACUCCCGAGGGCAUACCAAAAAGGAUUAAGAGGGGCCGAAAUCGUGGGCCAAAUUACACCGAAGAGGAUUUGGUCAGAGUUCGAGAUCAUAUUGGAAGCUUCCCGUAUACCCAAUCACCUGGACAUAAUUCGAUGAAAAAGAAGAAGUUCCUCGAUGCAAGUCUCAGUGUCUCAGCAAUGUUUCGCAUGUACAAGGAACAGUAUCCUGAAUCAAGGGUCAAUGAAUCUGUUUACAGAAACAUCUUCAACACCAAUUUUAACCUAUCGUUUCUUAAGAUUAAAAAGGAACGUGCUCCUGCAGCUGAUUUGAAAAUCAAACUACCAUCUGGAAAUCUUCAGCAGAAGAAUCCAAAAUUCGUCUAAGUUGCAAUGCAUCGAGAGAAGAAUGCCCUAGACACACUUACGACUUAAGCCGAGAGACGGCUUAACAUAAUUGUAAUCAAAAUGAUAAUAAGAUUAUAUUUCCAUCAGUUUUGGACUAAUUCGUCUAUUGGCUUAAGCCGGGAAACGGCAUAGUGAAUGAAAAACUGAUGGGAAUUUAGUCAAAUCGGCUUAGUUCGUAAGUGAUCUAAGUCAGAAGAUAAAAUGAAUAGAAAUUGAGAAGUUAUAACCGCCUCAACGGAGGUUUCAGUGCGAAAUAAAAAAAAAAAAUGAAAGAAAAAUUAUUUAUAAGUUGAAUUUUUGAUUUAUAAUUGAAAUAAAAUAAUAAAAAUUAAAGCCUAAAUGGCA